UCAGAAGAGGUGCACGUGACGGUCACACACACAGGGACAAGAAACAUGGCGGGACAGAAGUUAUGCAUUCUGCUGCUAUUCGCUGGCCUGGCCUGCACCAGUGCAGUGAAAAUGCCCACCAUGUACCACGUGAGAGGCUUUCUCUCCCUGCCGUAUGCUCAGAUCCACGAACCAUUUGAGGUAUGGUACAAUGAGAAGGCUGGGAUGAGCAGGAUCGACUUCUAUGGUGACAUGAUGUCAACUAUCCAGAAAAGCGACCCAAAGACAGGAGGCGCCAUGUACAAGAUGGCGUACAUGACGACAGAGAAGGUGACCAACCAGAAGUCAUGUUUCCAGAUCAACGGCGACAAGGAAAAUCCGGUCAUGCCACAGUCCAUAUUCCCAGACACCACCAAGUUUAAAAGUAUUGGAACCUUCCCCUACAAGGGACUAGACUGUACCGCUUACAUGCUGAAUACUGUUGAAGGAGGAGGCAACAAAAACAAUACAUACAUCCUGUACAUGAGCAAGGGGAAGACAGAAGUGCCAGUAGCGUACUACAUGAAGGGAUACGACAGUCUGCUCGGCUCACACUAUGACGAGUACCUGCUGGACUAUACCAUGUUCAGUUCGGAGGUGUCAGAUGGUGACUUUGAGAUUCCGAAAGGGAUGAAGUGUGGUGACUUCCCUGGACCUGGGGUGGAGCACCACAUGACCUUUAACCCCAUGAAGGACUUCGUGGAGCAUCACCAAGGAAACGACCGCACCCACCAGCUGUUCCGGGAGUACCGUCAGAAACACGGGCGGACGUACGAGGAUGGCAGCAGGGAGCAUGCUCAGAGGCACAGCGUGUUCACAACUAACUCAAGGCUGAUUCAUUCCAAGAACCGUGCUAACCUCGGCUACACCCUGGCCAUCAACCAUCUGGCAGACCGCACGGAUGACGAGCUGAAGAUGAUGCGUGGUCGCACCUACAGCCCAGAGCCUAACAACGGCCUGCCCUUCGAUGAAGAGGAGCUUAUAGUGACAGAUAUUCCUGACAACAUCAACUGGGCUAUCAGAGGUGCUGUGACCCCAGUGAAGGACCAGGCUGUCUGCGGGUCCUGCUGGAGUUUUGGCGCUGCAGAGGCCAUCGAGGGAGCUUGGUUCAAAAAGACAGGCCUGCUGGUGCCCCUGUCCCAGCAGAACCUGAUGGACUGUUCCUGGGGGUACGGGAACAACGCCUGUGACGGUGGGGAGGAGUGGAGGGCGUAUGAAUGGGUGAUGAAACAUGGAGGCAUUGCAACAGCUGCUCACUAUGGACCUUACACAGGAGCAGACGGCAAGUGUCACUUUGACCCCAAGCACGUUGGAGCUGUUGUAACUGGUUACGUAAACGUGACCUCUGAAAACGGAACUGCCCUGAAGAUGGCACUGGCCAACUUCGGCCCAGUGGCUGUCGGGAUAGACGCAGCCGUGAAGACCUUCAGCUUCUACGCCAACGGCGUCUACUAUGACAAGGACUGUGGUAACAAGCCAGAGGACCUGGACCAUGCAGUGCUGGCGGUUGGCUAUGGUAGCAUGCCUGACAGCAAGGGCAACAUGCAGGACUACUGGCUCAUCAAGAACUCCUGGUCCACGCACUGGGGCGACAACGGUUACGUCCUCAUCUCUCAGAAGGACAACAACUGUGGCGUGGCCACUGAUGCCACGUAUGUCAAGGUGUAAUCGUGGUACCCCAUGGAGUAAUAGCCUGGUAUCCACCAUAUUCUAGCUCCACUUAGUCCUUCGGUUGCUUCCUUGUAGAAUAGACAAUGAUUUCUGAUUGGCUCUGUGUGUUAGAGAUCAAUAAGUCAUUCAUCAGUUUGACCCUGUUACUCUGCUGAGACAUACUUGGUGCAGGACGUACGAACAAAAAUCAUUCGAGCAAACUAAAGCUAUGAUAUCUUGGAAGCUCAUCUGCGUUGGUUGUAAUCAUAGUACAAUGCUAAACUUUCUUUCAACGCAAAGGUAUACAUGAAUCAAAAUUUUCGAUAACAAAAUUUUGCCUUCUUCAAGAUCAAUACUGAUGAUGAAUACAACAUGUACAUUUGUAUGUGUUGGAAGAAAGUUUAGCAUUGUUCUAAAGCUAGGAUAGAUGGAUACCAGGCUAUUGGAAUGGUGUAUCAUUUGUGAUAAAAAGAUCCUGAAGGCUGCCAAUUAGAAAACAUGACAACAUGUGGCUUAUAAAGCAAUUUAGUACCAUGUGCUUGCAUGGGUCAGUUGAAGUAGAAUUUUGAUAUGCUUAGCUCUAUGCACUUACAAUGCCGGUAUACUUGCAUCUUUUGGAUA